AAAUUCAUAAAUUUUUCUCAAUUAGAAAAAGGAAACGAUCGGAAACGUACUCCGGAAUCCUGCUGUAAAUGGAAACUAUCGGAAACGUAGUACGAAAUCCUGUUGUAAACGGAAGCAGUAUCCGCUUAUCGGUUCCGGAACCAGGAGUUAGCGGGAAAUACCCUGGAAACGGAGGCCGGAAAACUUUUCGGAAUACUGCUUCCGGAAUUCGAUGGAAAAUCACCGGAUCAGACAGUUUUCCACCGUACGUAUUUGACCUGGGUUUAUGAAGCGGCACAUAUAAAAAAUCCUUUCAAUAUUCAUUCGGUUACAAUCCGACAACUUCACCAUCCCUGUGAAAACAUAAACAAAUCUCUCCGAGUUUUUAUAAUUUCUCAGAGGGACCCUACAUACCCUCUCACCUCAGAACAUUUUAAACCACCCGAUCGCCUAACUUUCCGCUGCUAAAAUCACAGUGCUAUCUAGUUCACUAACGGAGGUCGUAUGCACCACACUUUGCCAUACAUUCGCCUUUCCAUAGAAUUUCGAUAGUAUGCUGUUUAGGAAUUGUCGAGCACAGCAUAUUUUACUGGAUGUUUUAUGAUCAUUUUGUAGGUUUUGAAAAGCUCUAUCUGCAGCCUAUUAUGGGGUCUGUAUAAGGUGUUGCUGGCUACUACAGCAGUCGCGGCAGUGUAUGUUUUAUUGUAGAGAUCUACUGUUUGUGGAGAGAGACUAAAACCGUUUGAAAAUGUCUUGUAAAAGCUCAGAAUCGUGUACUCACACACAGUACAGCAUGAAAUCGUAGUUAGAACUGAUUUUCAUUUAGGGCCGUUUUGUGUACAAAGUGUCCCCCUCCUUUUAUUCAAUCGAAUAUGAGCAUGUUUCUUUCACAUUAUUGACAUAUUGUCCAUCUUAAGAGAUAUGCAUUGAGUAAAAUUUUCAUUCCUUUAUUUUCACUUUCAAUUUGUGAAAAUCUCAAUAUGAAUAUGGUCAUAUUUUAUUUAUUUCCCAACAGUUAACAUUUAUUUGAAGUAAAUAAAUUAUAUUCAUAUAGAUCCAACCAAUAACAUAAAAUCUAGCACAAAUGAACUUGAUGAACUAUUCGGAUCAAUAACGGUCAGUUCUGAUAAUAAAAUUCAUAUAGAAUCAUCGAAUUCAGCUGGAAAUCUUAAUCCAAUUGAUGAUUGUUUACCAAUUUUUCCAAUAACAAAUGCAAAUAAAACAACUUCAUCAAUAACAAAUACAAAUGAAGGAGCAACCACAGAAAAAGGUGAACUUUUUCAUGAUUUACAAGAUCUUCUUUUUGAUCAAUCGACAGGACAAAACAUUUCGUCAACUAAAACUUCAUUUCAAACAAUAGGCUCAAAUCAAAAUAAAAUUCCAUUAAAUGAAAUAAAAAGUUCUUCGUCAUUAAAAUCUUUAGAAACUGAAUAUGUAUUUCCAAUAAUAUCUCUUGAAUCGAUUCGUCCUUCACCAGUUAAUCCAUCGAUAAAUA